AUGGGGCUCGGCAUUGUGGUCCGAUUGGGAUGCCUGCGAUCCUGGAUUAUAAUUACCGUCGCCAUGGAUAUGGCGCUACGAAGCUCUAUUGCAACUGCACGAUAUGCCUCCCUUUAUUUGAUACUCCUGGGUGAAACUAAGUCAACUGCUACGAUCUAUUCCGACUUCAUCUCGAUGCUUGAUACGGCAGGACGGAAGCUAAUUGAGAAUCCAGUUGUCAAAUCCAAACCGUUUCUCAUAUCGCCAUCCAACACGUUCUAUGGUUCUGGUCUGGAAUCGCCGAGUCUCGCCUUCGUGCGCUUUAACUUGAAUGCUGGUAAGGAUUGGAUUACACUGGUAGCACACGGAAUUUACCAGCAGGCCAAGUCUCCCAAAAUUCCAAGAGUGGACGAGGGUACGGGCAAAAUUCGCACUGCUUGGAGGGUUUGGGGUGCGUUCUAG